UCACUCUACACCUGCUUAAAUCAGAAUGCAUUGAGAACCAUUUUGAUUCAGGUCAGUGUAGAGUGAGCCCUGAACAUGUUUUAGAUGCAUAGUAACCAUGUAUUACUGGCACAAGUAAUCAUUUUGACCCAAAAGUUACGGUUAUAGCCCCGACCCCCAUCCCUCUGUGGCACUCUUUAAUAAUUAAGGCUCAAAGGGAAAUCCCUGCACUUGGCUAAUAAUCAAAAGGUUGUCAAUUUAAACCUACCCAGUGGUGCCACAGAAGAAAGGUCUGAUGAUCUGUUUCCGUAACAUUACAGCCAAGAAGAUCGUACGGAGCUUGGUUCUGCUGUGUAACACCUGGCAUUACCACGAGUCAGAAUCGUCUAGACAGCAAUGAGACAGGAGAUGCCGACACAGUCUCAAGUGCCCACCUGAUACAAGUAGCUCACUCUUCGUCAGCAUCUCUCUCCACCCCAUUGUCCAGUCCAGUCCACGUCUGAUGAGUUGUCUUCGGGAAAGGUUCCUGUCCUGGGCCAACAGAAGGAUACGUCAUAGAUGGUGCUGAGUACUUCCUAUUGAAUCCCAGUGGAACAAAAAGAGAUGAAAAAAAUUGAAGAAUUGAUAACUAAAAAUCAUAAUCAAGAAGAAAAAACUAUACUUCGUUGUUGGAAAUGUAGAAAAUGUAUAGCAAGUUCUGAUUGUUUCAUGAAAUACCUUGAGAAUCAAGUCAGUAAGGAUAGACAUGAUCCAGCUGGUGCUCAAAAUAUUUGUCAUGUAUGGCACAUGAAUAUAGAAGCCCUUCCAGAGUGGAUAAACUGCCUAAUACAAAAAACCCAGUGGACAGUUGGAAAACUGAAUUGUCCUUUCUGUGGGGCCCGUUUAGGGGGCUUUAAUUUUGUCAGCACUCCAAAAUGUGCCUGUGGCCAGCUUGCAGCUGUACAUCUCUCCAAGAGCCGGACCGAUUAUCAGCCAACAAGGGCAGGCAGACUAAUGAGACCAUCGCCGAAAUACUCGUCACGUCCUAGAGUUCAGUCAGGUCGUGACAAGGAAACUCUGCUGACAGGUGGCACCUCCAAAAAACAAAAUCACAGGCUUUUAGACAUGGCCCAAAAUAAUUAUGGGCCUGGAAGAUUAACAGAAGCACUCUGCCUGGAGGUGCGAUCAACACAUUUUGAGACGAACGAAAAACUGCCAUUCAAAGCAUCAAAUCCAAAAUACCAGCUUUUUGUUCCCCAGCUUGCGACUGGCAGAUGCACUGGAAGAGCUCUUCAUAGAAAAUCACACAGUUUGGAUCUGAACAUCAGAGAGAACCUGACUUUAUCACCUACUCUGUAUGAAAUACAUAGUAAGAGUACUGCCUAUUCUAGGCUAAAUGAAACACAGCCUAUUGACCUUUCUGGCUUCCCUUUAGAGAGUAGUAAAAAUAGCUGUUCCUUUCAGAAUCCAUCCGGUUUUGAUCAUGAUAUGCUGCUGCAAAGAUUUUCGGUGGCUCCCUGUGAGACCCAGACACAAAGAGAAGGAGAAUUUCAGUGUAGUCUAGAAGCUUCUGCAGUGUACUCUGACCAUGCUAGUUCUAACAGCCUAACUUUCCUGAUGGACCUGCCCUCGGCUGGCAGGCGCAUGCUGGAGACCUCGGACCAGGAGGAGCACCUCUCCCCUCUGGACUUCCUGCACUCGGCCAGUUUUUCAUUGGGCGCCAUUAACCAAAGGCUCAGUAAGAGAGAAAGGAGCAAGUUGAAGAAUCUGAGAAGGAAACAACGAAGUCAUGAAAGAUGGCUACAGAAGCAGGGUAAAUAUCCGGGAGUAGGAUUGCUGGAUCAUACGUCUUUGAAUAAUGAAAUGAGUACAGAUGAUGAAAAUGAAUAUACGGAAGAAAAGGAGAGCUACAUCUGUGCAGUGUGUCUGGAUGUUUAUUUCAACCCUUACAUGUGUUACCCUUGCCACCACAUCUUCUGCGAGCCCUGCUUACGGACUCUGGCCAAAGACAAUCCUGCAAGCACUCCCUGCCCUUUGUGCCGAACAAUUAUUUCUAGAGUCUUUUUCCAAAAAGAACUGAACAAUGCCACAAAAACAUUCUUUACUAAAGAAUAUUUGAAAAUAAAACAAAGCUUUCAGAAAUCCAGCACUGCAAAAUGGCCGCUACCAAGCUGCAGAAAAGCCUUCCAUCUUUUCGGAGGUUUCCACAGACAUGCAGCUCCAGUUACAAGAAGGCAGUUUCCACAUGGUGCACAUAGGAUGGAUUAUCUGCACUUUGAGGAUGAUAGCCGUGGAUGGUGGUUUGACAUGGAUAUGGUGAUCAUCUAUAUUUACUCAGUGAACUGGAUCAUUGGAUUCAUUGUCUUCUGCUUUCUUUGCUAUUUUUUCUUUCCGUUUUAGGAAUAUUCAUACUUAAUUCAGUUGAACAAUCAUAUAAAACCUAGAUGAUGUAAAUAACAGUUACUUAAACAUUUUUUUAAAUAUGAUUCAAAGUUUUUAUAAUGUUUCCUUGUACAAAUUGUUGGUGUGUUUAUGGAAAGCCUGGGAAUAAUGGGAUUAUUUAUUGAUGUUUUUCAUGUAACAAAUUAAACUUUAUUUAAGAGCUUAUCUAUCCAGCACUUAGCAGCAAUGCACUAUUAAUUUCAUCAAUUCUUCUUGGUUUAUGAUUUGGGGGCUCCAGUUUUACAGUGUUACUUUUAUACUUUAUUGUAAAGAUUGAGGUUUUUCCUCCAUUUAAAAAAUAGUAAAAAUACAAAACGAAAUGACAAUCUGGGUAGAUAGAAUCUUUAUUCAUAAAAUAUUUCAUCAAUCACCAGCUAUUCUCAGGCAAAGUAUAUGCAUUAAAGAUAUACCAUAUUCUCUGGGAACUAAUCUAGCAGGGUAUAUUUGGUUUGGUUUCCAAUUAUCUCUACUUGUGUCCAUUCUAUCACCAAGAAAGCAGACUGUGUGUUUUGUACAGACCUAAUAAUAGCUUCAGUGAAACAUUUUUUAUUAAAAAAGAAUAGUAAAUACAAAAAAAAAAAAUCUAUGAAACUAACCCCCCCAAUAGACACUUUAAGGAAAUAUAUUCACACUUUCAGAAUUUCAAGAUUAAUCACCCCAAAAAUAAGUAAUUUACCGACUUUCUUAGGAAUCUCAAAGAGCAAUGCAUGUCCAAAAUGUAAUUUAGUAAUUUGUUUAACUAGGAAAUUGUCAAAUAUAUUGUAAAUGUGCAAUAAAGAGUGGCUUUUAAAAUUUGUUCAGUUUAUUAAGUGAUUUAAUGUCUGAAAUAAAGAAUUGUUGGAAAUAUGCUUAUAGAUGAAUCGAAGGAAAACCUGACAUUUACUUUUAUUAAUAAUUACAAUAAUCCUUGGAACUAAUGUUUCUUUUAUUAAAAAAAGAAAAAAGAGAAGAGGUGAAUUGUCCCAAUGCAGGAAGUAUCUGGGGCAAGUGUCUAAAAGUGAGAAAACUGAAGCACAGAGAAGUAAGCAUAUUUAUAUUAUGUAACCUUUUUUUAACCUAGGACAAAAGUUUUGAUUAUGAACUACCAAUCCAACAUUCCUACAAUACUGUGUCAUAUACCUGACAACCCAAGAAGCAAAUAAAAGUAGGUGAACUUAUCAUGGCACUGAAAAUACUAUCGCCUUUCGAAUAAAUUGGGAUGGAUCAGGCUUAACAGUUCUGUUUAUGAAGUCAAAAUCGGGCCUAAUUACUAUUGACUAUUUCAAUAAAAGCACUUGACUGAUGGUAUAUGAUGUUCUAAGAAAUAUAGAAAAAUGAUAUACAUUUUUGUCCUAACACUGUUUUAUGAUCAUGCUUAAAAUUAUGCCUGUAAAAGAAAACAAUAGUGUACAUCAGAUGUCAUCAAAUCCAGAAAGCAGAAAACUACAGUUUAGAAACAGAUAAAUUUGUGCUCAUAUUUCAUAAUAUAUAAAUAAAUUUGGCUUGCAGUUUAGUGUCAAAGAAACCUUAGUGAAACAAUGUUGUCACCAAAGC